GCCUUUUCCUGUCUCUCUCUCUCCCCUUCUCACUCACUUUCCCUUAUCCCCAUCUCCAUGAAGAAUUGUCCCCUAAUCACUCAUUUUCUCUCGUUUUCUCAGUGAUUUUCCCGGAAUAUUUUUGACCCAUUCGAAUCCCAUGCCCCCUCUCAAAGUUCCCUCCUUUCUUCUUCUCGUUUGAUAAAGUUCACACCUUUAUCCAUUUAUUCCUUUACUUUAUUUUUUUCUCGUCCAACUUUCCUUUUUUUUCUUUCCUGGAAAAAACAUCUGUUACCUUUUUCUCGCCUGAGAAUCGGUCGUGCCCUCAAAAUCUGCAGCGAAAAUCUUUCUUCUCUCAAAAAUAUACUCACUUAGUAGCACGCUUAUAUUUCUUUUUCUAAAAUCUUUUGCCUUAUCUAGGAGCGUGCUCUGCUUUUCCAUGGCGGAAAGUCUCUUCCUUUGAUAAAACUUUCUCGGAAAUUUUAUCUUUCUCAGCCUAUCCAUCGAUUUAAAUGCGGAACGAGAUGAACUAAGGGUUAAAAAAAGAAAAAUGGAGGACUCGACUCCCCAAAUGAAGUUAACGGAGCACCGGAGAAUCAUGACACGUGUCUUCUCCGACAGAUAUACGACAAUGCCGACGAGAUUCGUACGGAUCUCCGUCACCGAUCCGUACGCCACCGAUUCCGACGACGACGAAGAAAGACCCAGCAACGGUAUGGACGCUCCAAAACGGCGACGUAUCAAGAAGUACGUCCGCGAAAUCACCUUCGAAACGGCGCCGUUCCAUUCGCCUCCCGAAUACGUCGCCGUUUCGAAGAAGCCGGCGGAGUCAGACACUCCGGCGAUGGCGGCGAGGAAGGACAGAGGAGUUCGCCGACGGCCAUGGGGGAAAUGGGCGGCGGAGAUCCGGGACCCGGUUCGUCGUGUCCGGCUAUGGCUCGGUACUUUCAGCACGGCUGAGGAAGCCGCCAGGAUUUACGACCGCGCCGCUAUCCAGCUCCGUGGCUCCGCUGCACUCACCAACUUCUCCGCCGCCACAAAUCCGCCGCAGCUGCCGCAUUCCGCCGGAGCCCAGUCGCCGGUCUCGGUUCUCCGGUCUCCGACUUCGUCCUCCUACAACGAAGAACCGCCGACAAACCCGGCUCCGCUACCGGGACGAGAGGAGUCUUCUGCCCUCGCGACGGAGAUAUUUUCACCGCCAUUUUUCUCGUCUUCUGCGGGCGAUAUUUUAGACAUGGAUAUCUCGGUAAGCGAGAAUUUAGGCGAUGACGUUUUAUCGUUCUCGGGUGAUUGUUUCGGGUCGAGAUUCGGGUUCGGCUUCUCGAAUUGGCAUGCGGAAGAUCAUUUCCAGGACAUAGGCGAUUUGUUCGGGUCGGAUCAUUUACCCCCUCUUUAAACCAACCUUAUCCAAUUUCUGUAUUUAGUUUGUUGAUAUAUUUCCGUUCCAAUUAUUAUGGUAUAAUUAUACGAGUAUUAUGCAAACUCCGGCGACGUACGACUUCGCUGUGUUUUUUUGCCUAGUUGCUCGUGUUGUUAGAUCACGUGCAAAAUCACGUGAUAGGAAAUGGAAUUAUGCCUCGGUCUUGUUUCUUUUGUUUGGUUUAAUAUAACGCAAAAAG